AUGGGAUUCCCUGUAAAGUGGCAUAAAUGGGUGUACGGUAUUUUGUCGUUUGCGAGAUCCUCUGUGCUCGUUAAUGGAUCCCCUACCUUUGAAUUCCAAUUUCACAAAGGAAUGAGACAAGGUGAUCCGCUUGCACCUUUAUUGUUUAUAAUUGUUAUGGAAGCUUUGUCGGUUAUGUUUAAUAAGGCCACCGAGGCUGGGGUGAUUCAUGGUGUCGAGAUGGGGAAUGAUCGUCUUUCUCUUUCUCAUAUGCUCUAUGUCGAUGACUGUGUAAUCUUGGGUGAGUGGGUAGAAGAUAAUCUCAUUAAUGUAGCCAGGGUCCUUCAUAUCUUUAAUUUGUGUUCUGGACUUAAUAUUCACCUUGGAAAGUCUAAUUUAUAUGGAAUUGGGAUUUGUGACGCCGAGAUAUCUAAUAUGGCUGCCCGGAUUAAUUGUGGAGCGAGUUCGUUCCCUUCUAACCGUCUUGGCAUUCCUAUUGGGGCGAAUAUGAACAGAUUUGUGAACUGGAACUUCUUGUUUGACAUUUUUGAGGCAAGAUUAGCUCGGUGGAAGGCGAUAAGUCUCUAUAUGGCAGUGGCCGAUUUGGGAGUGCUCCAACGUGUAAAAGGGGAAAUUGGAGAUGGCAGGGAGAUUCGUUUUUGGUUGGACAGUUGGAUAAGUAACGACCCCCUUAAGGUGUGGUUCCAUACUUUAUUUAGAUUGGAUAAGCAAAAGAAAGUUGUUGUUGCGGAUUUCUUCGAUAAUGCUACGGGCAGGUUUAAUGGGCCUGGGUAUUGGGCCAAUAUGGCAGCCUCUAUGGUGGAGCAAAGUGAAAGGGAUGAAUUAUUCAGAUUACUUCAAAAUGUUACUUUACAUGAAAGGAAAGAUAAUUGGAUGUGGGUUGGAGGAAAAGACAAGACAUUUACUAUGCGAGCGAUGAAAGGGCUGAUGAUCAGUGACAGAGACUUCAGUGAUAGGUAUGUUUUUGACUGGUGUAAAUGGGUGUCAAAUAAGUGUAAUAUCUUUGUUUGGAGGGGGAUAAUGGAACGUAUCCCUACCAUGUCAGCCCUUCAAACCCGUAAUUAUAUGUUUGGUGACCCGAGGUGUGUGCUUUGUUGGGAAGAAUCUGAGACUGCCCAACACAUCUUUUGUGAAUGCGGGGUUGCAGCUGAAGUUUGGCAGGCUGUGAAAGAGUGGUGUCGUACGACCCCUUUCAUGGUGUUCGAAAUCAAAGAUCUUAUGGAAUUUCAUGAGUAG